AUGCUCUGGUCCUCCAUCACAGGGACUCAACCAGGUGUGCUACUUCCGCAGCAAGAUGCUACAAAUGAUCCCAAUGCAUCACAAGAUGGCUUGCUUUCGCUCGGCCCAAGAAAGCGCAAGCAGGGUGAUUCAUUUAAGAGUGAUCUUCCUCAAUGGAUUUCACCCAAUGACCUUCCCAAUACUAUAUGUUACAGGGGUAUCGAGCUCUUUUACCUCAGAAACCCAGAUGAUGGUCGAGACGUUCUCUGUGCCAUCAUUGAAUUUUGUAAUCUUAAGGGCCGGCCAGAGGGUGCUGAUAGGACAAAGUUCUUCAUGCAUGGAGAUUAUCAAUUGGCAUACUGUCCAAUUGCUCAAAUUGUGUCACUAGCCUUCUGGGAUGACGCUUUCAAAAAUGAGCUGACCCCAGAGUUGAUCUGGUGGAUUAAGGUUCCGAGGCGUAUCAGAGCUCUUCUGCUUCAGUGGAAAAAGGAUAAGUUGAACCUUCCCCUACUUUGA